AAAUUCCGGUUCGGAAACGGUCCACCUUUUACAGUUCUCGAGUGAUCUCCUUUGGCCCUAAGCCAGGCCAAGAGAAGAGCAACGGCGACGAUGGCGUCCUCGUCGGCGAUAAGGCAGGUGAAGCUCGAAAAAGAGUGCGAGCUCAGGGUUGAAGUCAGUGAGAACGCUCCUCUCCGUCUCCGGCUUCUCAACGGGACCGCUGAGAUUUUCGGCACCGAGAUUCCUCCCGAAAUCUGGCUCUCCUUCCCUCCUAGACUCAAGUUCGCUGUUUUUACUUGGUAUGGAGCCACAAUUGAAAUGGAUGGUAUUACAGAAACUGAUUAUACCGCCGAUGAGACACCCAUGAUCAGUUAUGUUAAUGUGCAUGCUGUUCUGGAAGGACGAAGAAAUCGUGCCAAAGCCUCUUCAUCUGGUGAUACUGAAGCUUCUCAGGGCCCAAGGGUGAUUGUUGUUGGACCUGUAGAUUCCGGAAAGAGUACACUGUCAAGGAUGCUUCUUAGUUGGUCUGCUAAGCAGGGUUGGAAGCCUACUUUUGUGGACUUGGACAUUGGCCAAGGAUCUAUAACCAUUCCUGGAUGUAUUGCUGCUACCCCAAUUGAAAUGCCAAUUGAUCCAGUGGAUGGAAUUCCUCUUGAAAUGCCUCUUGUUUAUUUCUAUGGCCACACAACUCCUAGUGUCAAUGUAGAGUUAUACAAAGUGCUUGUGAAGGAGCUUGCUCGAACACUGGAGAGGCAGUUCUCCGGAAAUGCUGAAUCUCGAGCUGCUGGCAUGGUGAUCAAUACCAUGGGAUGGAUAGAAGGUGUUGGUUAUGAGUUGAUUCUCCAUGCUAUAGAUACAUUCAAUGCCAAUGUUGUUUUGGUUUCGGGUCAGGAAAAACUUUGCAGCAUGCUUAAAGAUGUGCUAAAGAACAAACCUAAUGUGGAUGUUGUGAAACUUCAAAAGUCAGGUGGUGUUGUAUCCAGGGGUGCAAAAUUCCGUCAAAAGGCCAGGAGCUACAGGAUAAGGGAAUACUUUUAUGGCCUUUCAAAUGAUCUUGCACCAUACUCCAAUGUUUCAAAUUUCAGCGAUUUAUUUGUCUAUCGUAUCGGCGGUGGCCCCCAAGCACCACGAUCAGCUUUGCCAAUCGGUGCAGAGCCUGCAGCAGAUCCUUUGAGAUUGGUUCGAGUGAAUAUCAAUAGGGAUAUGCUCCAUUUAGUUCUUGCUGUUUCUUUUGCUAAAGAAGCUGAUCAAAUUGUUUCAAGUAAUGUUGCUGGAUUCAUCUAUGUCACUGACAUUGACAUCCAGAGGGAGAAAAUUACAUACCUUGCACCAUCGGCGGGUGAACUUCCUAGCAGAUUCUUGAUUGUAGGGACCUUGACAUGGCUUGAAAGCUGAAGAUUUACAAAGACUUAAAACUGUUUGUAACUGAAAACCCUAGUGUAGUGGUCCAGGUUUUUCUACAUGUAUUUACCAUUAUAAGAGGGUUAAUCAAGACAUAAAACUUCAAUUUAAUGUACAAUUAUGGCCAUGACUGUAAAGAUUUGCUGCUUGAUCUGAUGUAGUGCUUCUUGGAAUUCAAUUAUAGGUAAAUGCGUAUAGCUUCAAUCUUCUCUCUUCA